AUGUCAGCCGCCAUACCCUGCACGCGGGCUGCAGCCCAGCGUGUCGCCUUCAGAGCCAUACGAUGUAAACGAUUCGCGAGCACUGAGACAGUUGCUGUCGAUGCAACGCCUACGACGCCCAUAUUGCCCGCUAAGCGUGAACAGCGAUUAUCAACACGGAAGCCAGACCUGAGUCAACAGUUGCACAGGGCCUUGUACCCAGCGUUAUAUGGAGAAGAUGGCCAAUUCAAGGACGGAGAGUUGGUGACCAUCAAGCGUCGGAAACAGAAAAAGCCUAUCGAUUCCAAGUGGCAGCCGGUAAUGAAGGAGAAGAGCGUGGACCGGAGAUUGAGCCAUCAAUUCGGCGUCCCCGUCCUCAGACCGAAAGCCUCCAACAUCAAAAAGACUUGUCCAGACCCCAUCUCCGCGGUAAACGCCUCGCAAAUAAGCUUGCUGGAUCCCACAGGCGCACGAACCCGUCUCUUCGCAAAGGACAACCCAGAAUGCGCGCGAGUCGGCGACAUUCUACUUGUGCGCCAACGCACCGGCGAUCCCUUUGCUGGCGUAUGCAUCAACAUCCGACGCCGUGGUACCGACACCGCUAUCCUCCUACGUGGCCAACUCACUCGCGUGGGUGUAGAGAUGUGGUACAAGGUCUACAGCCCAUUGGUAGAGGGCAUCGAGGUUGUGCAGCGUGCUGCUAAGAGGGCGAGACGCGCCAGGUUGACGUACAUGAGGACCGUCAAGCAUGACAGGGGGAGCGUGGAGAAUGUCGUCAGGAUGUAUCUCAGGCAGAAGGCAGCGCUGGGUACGGCAGAAGGACAGAAAAAGAAGGGUGCUGGCGCUGCAGCCGCCAUGAUGGGUGGAAAGAAGAAGGGCAGAGGCAAGAAGAGGUAG